AUGAGAGGGACUCUUUUCGAGGUGGUCUCCAUAGCGAGAGGAGCUGCAAAGGUUGGACAGGGCUCGUUGGAGCUUGCGGUCAAGGAUGCUAAGGAGUUCUACAGGACUUCUACGUUGACGAGAUCGUGCAGAGUCCACGAUGAGAUGUAUGAGGAAUUGCAUCAACGCUCUGAGGAGGCGAGAAGCGUAGGCUCGACCGUAGGCUCGAGCACCUCUGGCCACCAGCACAGGGCCGCGAAGGGCCCUGUUGCGCAGAGCAAGCGGAACUACUCGACGUCUGCGAAGAAGACCGCUGUGGCUGUUGAGCCAGAGAAGGGCGAGGGCCAGGAGGACGGUGGAGUGGAGAUGCCAUCGACGAAACUGCAGAGGCUGUUCCACUAUGGGCAGCUGGCCACGUCCAUGAGCAUCAACGCCGCCUCUGACAGUUUGAAAGCUGUUGCCAAGGGCCAGAGACCAAACUUGAAGAACGUUGCUCUUUCGUCGAAGAACGUUACGCUUCUUGGUGACAAGCUGCGCAAGAUGAGAGGAGCCGCGUUGAAGGUUGGCCAGCUGAUGUCGAUUCAGGAUGAAUCUUUCCUUCCACCAGAGGUCUCCAGCCUGCUGACGUCUGUCCAGAACCAGAGCUACUUCAUGCCUCAGAGACAGCUUCACCGGAUCAUGAAGGAGAACCUGGGCAGCCAUUGGAAGUCCCACUUCCUGGAGUUUGGGGAAAUCCCUAUCGCAUCGGCGUCGAUCUCUCAGGUUCACAAAGCAGUGUUGAAAGACGGUACCAAGGUUGCCGUUAAGGUCCAGUACCCGGGUGUUAAGAACUCAAUUGACUCAGACAUGGAUACCUUGUUGAUGCUUUUGAAAGCAUCAAACAUGCUACCAAGAGGCAUGUACGCAGAUAAAUCCAUUGCCAACGCAAGAACCGAGUUGAAAUGGGAAUGCGACUUCAUCAGAGAGGCAAAGGCCAUUAAGCGGUUUAGGGAGCUGUUGAAAGACGAUCCUGUCUUCGAAGUUCCCAAGGUAUACGACGAGUUGACCACUGAGAAUAUUCUCACCAUGGACUAUCUCGAAGGCGUGGAGAUCACACGUGGUGAGUGGGAUCAAGAGACCAAGAACUGGAUGGCUACCAACGUGAUGAGAUUGUGCUUACAGGAGAUUGCCCAGUUCAAAUUCAUGCAGACUGACCCAAACUGGGCCAACUUCCUCUACAACGACAAGACGAAGAAGAUCGAGCUGUUGGACUUUGGCGCAUCAAGGGGGUUCGGGGAUGAGUUCAUCAAGAACUACGUCGAAUGCUUGCAGAGUGCCAUUCGUGGAGAGAAGAACAUCGUGGCAGCCUACUCCAAGCAGCUGGGAUACCUGACCGGGUUCGAAUCCGACGAGAUGGUUGCAGCCCAUGUUGAGUCCGUCAUGGUGCUCGGGGAGCCAUUCAAGGAGAAACUGUACGACUUCUCCACACAGGACGUCACUACGAGGGUCAAGGCCAAGAUGGGGCUGAUGCUGAGAGAGAGACUGACUCCACCACCGGAGGAAACGUACUCACUGCACAGAAAGUUCAGUGGUGUCUUCCUCCUCUGUACAAGACUGAAAGCAACGGUUCCGUGUGCUGAGUUGUUCGAGCAGUACUUCCACGUGUAA